CUAAAAGAAGAAUUUCAUAGGAUUACUCUAUAAGAGGCCAAGGGAGAAGACAAACAAUGCCAUAUUGUGCUUCAUCCAGCUUGCGCGGAGAAGAUGAGUAACCUAAAAAGCAGGUUGUUUUUCGCCAUUGCGAUACUCUUCCUAGCUGGUCUAACGGAGAUCAACGGAGGAGAACUCACAACCUGCACCAGCAAGAAAAGCAAAUGCUUUCUGCAACCAUUAAAUUGCCCUGCAGAAUGCCCAUCAAAAUCUCCAAGUGACCCUAACGCUAAAGUUUGCUAUGUCAACUGUAAUUCCCCACUGUGCAAGCCUGAGUGCAGAAACAGGAGGGCGAAUUGCAAUCAACCUGGAGCAGCAUGCUUGGAUCCUCGCUUCAUAGGUGGAGAUGGAAUUGUCUUUUACUUCCAUGGCAAGAGCAAUGAGCAUUUCAGCUUAGUUUCAGAUCUUAAUCUCCAGAUUAAUGCCCGUUUCAUUGGCUUGCGACCUGCUGGUAGACCCCGAGACUACACAUGGAUCCAAGCUCUUGGAAUCCUCUUUGACAUGCAUGCUUUCUCAGUGGAGGCUACCAAGGCAGAGACUUGGGAUGACGAAGUUGAUCAUCUGAAAUUCUAUUAUGAAGGAAAGGAGUUAGUCUUACCAGAAGGCUAUCCAUCCAUAUGGGAAUCUUCUGAAAGCGGCAUCAAGGUGGAAAGAACUUCAAACAAGAACGGUGCUUUUAUCACACUUCCAGAAAUUGCAGAAAUUUCAGUAAAUGUAGUACCUAUUACCAAGGAAGAUGACAGGAUCCACAACUAUCAGUUACCUUCUGAUGACUGCUUCGCUCACCUGGACGUGCAGUUCAGAUUCUAUGGCCUCUCAACAAAAGUUGAAGGCGUUCUUGGCCGGACUUACCAGCCAGACUUCAAAAAUCCAGCAAAACCAGGUGUUGCAGUGCCUGUAGUGGGAGGCGAAACCAAGUACAGAACUUCAACCCUUUUGUCUUCCAAAUGUAAUUCCUGUAUCUUCUCUCCAGCUGGAGUUUCGAAAGAAUCAGACCCCCUAGUCAUGGAUUUUGGGACUUUAGAUUGUACUGGAGGAUCAAGCGGUGGCCAUGGAAUAGUUUGCAGAAAAUGAGAACCCAAUUGGGAUGUUUAUUUGUUUUGUCAGUUGCUGAUAAUAAAAGGCAAGGAUUUCCAGUUCUUAUUUAGACUAUGUAUGUUUAUUCCAUAACCAAGUUUCUUUCCUCAAGGGCACAUGACACAGAUAUAUACCCUAGUUAAGAAUUACAAAUU